AUGGAUGAGGACAGCUCAGUCGAACCAUCGAAUAAGAAAGAUGCUGACGGUCCUGUCUAUAUAGGUAGAGAAGAAGAUCUUAAAAAACAAAGAGCAAAGGCUAGAAUCAAUGGCAGAGAAAUUGUUGUUUUCUACCACAAUGGAAAGUUUUAUGCUAUGGAUUGUCGAUGUUAUCAUGCUGGAGGUCCUUUACACCUUGGGGAAAUAGAGGACAUCAAUGGACAGGCGUGCAUUAUUUGUCCCUGGCACAAGUAUAAAAUAACUUUGGGGACAGGUGAAGGAUUGUAUCAAGCAAUAAACCCUAGAGAGCCAUCUGUGACUCCCAAGUGGCGAUCAAAAGGAGUAAAACAAAGGACCCAUCAUGUGACUGUGGACAAUGGAAAUGUUUACGUGACUCUUUCUGACAUGGCUGACAGUAUAGAUUCUGAUUACUAUGCUGAAAAGACUAUAAAUUCCUCUGUGAAAAAAUAA